GACUUUCACGAGGCUUGAUACACUUCAGAGUCCGGACGUUGUUUUGGUAUUGCUAGGCUACGUUUUUUUGGCACAUUGUUUUGAACUAUUUGAUCGCUUUGUGUAGGUAACGGCGGCUGACUCGAGCUGUGGAGCGAAGUCGUAUUUUUAACAAAAGGCAACGACAAACAAAAAUGCUCUUUAUUGUUAUUUUGGUGUGUACGUAGAAAUAUCGUAAAGGAAAAAAAAUACAUUUCAGAGUAAGAGUGAUAGCAAACAAGAUUGCGGUUUCCGUAGUGAGGAGUCCAUGAAUAGAAUGAGAAAUAAUAAUGAUUAUUUAGUGAAAUAUUCGUAUUAAUCAGGAAAGUUGAUAGUGUACUGCAACGUGACACCUUGGUGCUGCAGAACGUUGCCUCCAAUGAAAUCGCACAAGCUUUGUCGAUGUCCGCUUGAUUUCACAAGCUUUAUCAACAGCGGUGCCAUGUGAAUCGCCUGUGCCUGGCGCGAAGGGACACACAUUAUACCGCUCUUGGCACUCGUGCGCGAAGCAGACGUGGCACACGUGUCAUGGGUAAACUAAUGAACAUGGCAGCGGGCAAGAGCCCAGGGCAGGGCAUAUAGGAGUGUGUCCUAGGAGACAUGGGGACCUACGACAUUCCAACGCCUGUGGAUGAUGACUCGGCUGGCGGAGGCAGCGACGGCGAGGGCGGGGGCGGCCUGGGCGGAGGCGGAGGGGCCGGCGCGAACCAGGACUUCCGCACGGUGUACCUCAACGAGCCCCAGCCUUACAAGUACUGCUCGAAUGCCAUCUGUACUGCCAAAUACCGCUACAAAUUGCUCUUCUUCCUUCCAAUGUUCCUCUUCGAGCAGUUCCGGCGAUAUGCCAACGUCUUCUUCCUCAUCAUCGCACUGCUACAGCAAAUCCCAGGAGUAUCCCCAACAGGUCGUUACACCACGCUGGUCCCUCUCAUCUGCAUCUUGGUGGUGUCCGCCAUCAAGGAGAUAGCUGAAGAUAUAAAACGACAUAGAGCAGAUGAUGAAAUCAACAAGCGUGAGAUUGAGGUGCUUCGUGACGGCCAGUGGCAAUGGAUUAAGUGGCGUCAUGUGCAAGUGGGAGAUAUUGUCAAGGUUCACAAUAACAAAUUCUUUCCAGCUGACCUAAUCAUCUUGGCCUCCAGUGAGCCACAAGCACUGUGUUAUGUGGAAACUGCUAACCUUGAUGGAGAAACGAAUCUUAAGAUACGACAAGGUCUACAAGAAACAGCACACCUCUUGGAAGCACGUGAUUUAAUGAAUCUGUCAGGCAAAGUAGAAUGUGAAGCACCGAACAGAUUUCUUUACCAGUUUACUGGUAACUUGAAAAUGACCAGCAGGCAGGCCGUCCCUUUAAGCCCAGAUCAAGUCCUUCUGCGAGGGGCAAAACUCCAGAACACGAAUUGGGUAUUUGGUCUUGUUGUAUACACUGGCCAUGAAACUAAACUUAUGAAGAAUUCUGCUACCUCAGCACCUCUCAAACGCUCUACAGUGGAUAAGCAGACCAACAAUCUGAUCAUUCUGCUGUUUUUCCUGCUUAUAGUUCUUUGCCUAAUUAUGGCAGUCUGUAACUCCCAGUGGGAUGCCAAUCUGCACUGGUACCUCUCUCUUGAUGAUCUGAGUGUCUUCAACUUUGGCAUAAACUUCAUCACAUUCAUCAUUCUGUUCAACAAUCUUAUACCCAUUUCCCUUCAAGUUACUCUAGAGGUUGUAAGAUUUAUACAGGCUGGCUUCAUCAACAAUGAUGUGAAUAUGGUGUAUGAAGAAAAUGACAUCUGGGCAAUGGCAAGAACAUCAAAUUUGAAUGAAGAAUUGGGAAUGAUAAAAUAUGUGUUAUCCGAUAAGACUGGCACACUGACUUGCAACAUAAUGGAAUUCAAGAGAUGCACCAUUGGUGGAAAAGUAUAUAGCAUGGAUGAUGGAAGUGCCCAAGAUUUGAUCUCAUUGGUUGAGACUGGGGGUCCAGGAUCAGCUAUAGUUCGACAGUUCCUGACGAUGUUGGCAGUUUGCCACACUGUUAUACCAGAUAGAGAUGAUGGCAAACCAAAUGGUGGUAUCAUCUAUCAUGCUGCAUCACCAGAUGAGAGAGCGCUGGUUGAAGGGGCCCGAGAACUAGGGUUCGUGUUUGAAACCAGAACUCCAGAACAUUGUAUUGUGGAUGUGUUGGGAACAAAGGAGAAGUAUGAGAUUCUGAAUGUUCUCGAAUUCACCUCACAAAGAAAGAGGAUGAGUGUUAUUGUGAGGACACCACAGGGACAGAUCAAGCUUUAUUGUAAAGGUGCUGAUACAGUAAGUACUAUGUAUGCUUUAUUUUAUUGUAAACUUUUCUGGUACCAAUAUUUCUGCUUUCUUACAAAUAAAUAAUUAUUUAAGGGAUGUAUUAUCAUUGUCAUUAUUAUCUAUCUUAUUUUACAGGAAUGGAAAAAUACUUUUUAUAAAGCAAGUACAGCUUUACAGUUUAGAGAAAGAAAGUUAGAAGAUGCAGCACAGCUUAUAGAGAAUAAUUUGACAUUAUUAGGCGCUACAGCUAUAGAGGACAAAUUGCAAGAUGAGGUUCCCGAGACCAUUGCAGCGCUUCUGAAGGCAGGGAUUCACGUCUGGGUUCUUACAGGAGACAAGCAAGAGACUGCCAUUAAUAUAGGCCAUUCCUGCCACCUACUUACACAAGGGAUGCCUCUUAUUAUACUAAAUAGUGAUUCUCUUGAUGAGACCCGUGAAUCAAUUAACCGCCAUGUGGUUGAGUUUGGAGAUCAGUUGAAGCGGGAAAAUGAAGCUGCCCUCAUUAUUGAUGGGAAGACUUUGAUAUAUGCCCUAACACCAGAUUUACGAAAAGAUUUCUUAGAUCUCUGUAUAUCUUGUAAAAGUGUUAUUUGCUGUAGAGUGUCACCCAGCCAGAAAGCUGAGGUCGUAGAGCUCCUGACUCGAGAAACAGGAUCUGUUACCUUGGCCAUUGGAGAUGGAGCUAACGAUGUUGCCAUGAUACAAAAAGCCAAUGUUGGUGUUGGCAUAGCAGGCUUAGAAGGUCUACAAGCAGCUUGUGCAUCUGAUUAUGCCAUUGGCCAGUUCCGUUUCUUGGCCAGGCUGCUCUUUGUCCAUGGAGCUUGGAAUUAUAGUCGCCUAUGCAAGGUGAUUCUGUAUAGUUUCUAUAAGAACAUUUGCCUCUAUGUUAUUGAGCUUUGGUGGGCUGCAAUGUCUGGCUGGUCAGGGCAAGUGAUAUUUGAGCGCUGGAGUAUAGCUAUGUAUAAUGUGUUAUUCACAGCAGCGCCUCCCUUAGUCAUGGGAAUUUUUGACCGAUCAUGUAGUGCAGAAACGAGAAUGAAAUAUCCAGAGCUCUAUCGUGAAUCUCAGAGUGGGUCUCACUUCAACUGGAAGGUCUUUGUAUGGUGGGUAUGGCUGGCGCUCGUACAUUCUGUAAUGGUGUUUGUGCUGCCUUACCUGGCCAUGACUCAGGAUGUUGCUUGGGGUCAUGGUCUUGUUGGAGGCUACCUCAUGGUGGGCAACAUGGUGUAUUCGUAUGUGGUGGUCACAGUGUGUCUCAAGGCAGGACUGGAGACAGAUGCAUGGACCUGGGUGACCCACUUGGCUAUUUGGGGAUCCAUUGCUUCGUGGUUCAUCUUCCUGCUGGUUUACUCAAACUUCUGGCCUGUUCUGCCAAUGGCGCCAGACAUGUGCGGGAUCUAUCUCCAGGUGUAUUCAUCUCCAGUGUUUUGGUUUGGAUUGAUAAUGAUACCCCUGGCCUGCCUGUUGCCAGAUGUAUGCGUUAAAACGAUACGAAACUCAGUAUUCAAGAGUUUAACAGAACAAGUGCGUGAGAGCGAGAUUAGCAACAAGGAUGUAUCGAAAGUUCUUGACACCAAACACAGGCUCACCGAAACUGCUCGACUUCUAAAGAACGUGUUCCGUAGAACCACAACCAGAGUCAACUUAGAAGUAGAGCUUGCUCAUGGCUUUGCAUUCUCGCAAGAAGAGCACGGAGUGAUGGGCCAGUCGGAAGUUAUCCGGGCCUAUGACACAACCCAACCCAAACCAGGUGGUAUGUAAACUGAUGGAGUUCAACAGGAGGAUUCCCAAGAGUGUUGUAUUCCUAUUUAUCACACUAUGGUCGCACUUUGGUCACAAAUAUGUACUCAUUUUUUUGAAUUUACAGUGAAGAUAAAAGUACAUGUUAAAGGUAAGCAGAAAAAUGGAUAAAGAGGCUUUAAGGAAAUGAACUGAAUGAUAAAAGACUAAUAUGAUCUACUUAAUUUAUAAUACAUGUAUGGCCUGUUAGAUACCAAAGGUUUUCUAGUCUUCUGUCAUUCUUUCCAGUUGCUUUCAUUUGGCAAUGUAAUUAUUCAAAUUGUACAUUAGCAGACACAAGUUUGUCAGAAAAUAUAAUACUUGAGAUCUCAGAAUGUUAACAAUUGAGUAAAUAAUUUAUGAUCUUUAACUAACUUCUUUUUUAGGCUUGUGUAUGGUUGUGUUUUUAUGCGUUUGUAACAUAAUUACAGUUUUGUGUCACUUUAGUGUGUUACCAGAAGGCCAAGAUCACUUUUUGUAGGUGAUAAUUAAUUGCUCUAGAGGUUAACUGAAUGUGUGAAUUAUUAAUCUGAAAACUAGAAUUCUGGAUUGACUUGAGCUUGCAGCAGCAGUAGAAUUUUGUAUAAUUCCUGAAGAAAUGAGGAUUCAUACCACCUUGAAAAUUCCAAAUGAGGACUUAACAAAUAACAUGAGAUUAUCUUCGUCCUCUUGGAAAUAUGAGGGACUUAUCAACAGGUAAAGAUAUAUGAAUUUAUGUUGGAAUGUUCAUAUAGUUGGUGUUAAGUUAGUUGAAUAAAUACCAUGUUUAAAUGUUUAAAGUUUAAACCAGUGUUUGUGAGAAUCUUAACAGUUAAAUGAUAACAAAACAACAGAACAUUCUGAAACACAGCGGUUAUUUUCAGUGUUGAGUUUGAAGGGUGUUGACAAACUGUACUGCGAUCUUGAACACCAACAUCUUAAACACAAAUGGAAUUUAUGCCAGUUGAUGAUAUAUGCAAACAAAGAUUAUACAUUGUUCAUACGAGGAGAGUCUGGAUAAUGAAAGAAAAUAACAUCCUAGAAAAUUAUGGAAAAUCUGAAUGGUAAUUUGUGUGUGUAAUACUUGUAUAAUAACACUUAAUUUGUCCUUGCUUUAUAUAAAAAAUACACAUGUAGGUUUUUCAUUAUGCACUCUAAUGAUUUUAAAAAUUGGAACUAAGACCUAAUUGUCAAAUGAACAGGAAUUAAAAAUUUGAACAGCACACUCUGAUCCUGGCACCAGUAACCAAGACUUAUAGUAAAGGAUGCUCUUCACAUAAUGCAGUCAUUAAUGUCAGUGAUAAAAAGUCUCUUUCUAGCUGAAAAUUAUGUCAUGGAUAGAAUAUGUAAUUGAAUUUACACUGGAUUAAUUUGCAAUUGCAAAGGUUGCAAAUGAGUACAGUUGUAUUCUCUUUAUGAUUUUGAUAAACUAGGAAGAACAUAAACUGAAGAUAGGAUUAAAUCAAUAAUUGUCCAGCCAAUUUUACAGACUUUGUAUAGGAAUCUGAGUAGUAACUUUCUAUAGAUGAAGACUAUAAAUUUUUCUUCAAAUGAAGGCAUUGCACAUGGCUAUCAUUAUUGUCAACUAAGAGAACUUGUCAUUUAAUUAGAGUAGGAUCCUCUAUGUAAAAAAAAUGAAGCCCCACUUGUGCCUGAUAGUCCAAGAUGAUGUACCUAGGUGUUGAAAUGACAGACAAGCAGUUUAGAAGAAUUUAGAGAGUGAGAAAAAAGAUAAACAAAAAAUCUACUUUUGAUACUAGCAAGACUUUGGUAAUACUGAGCAACACAGGUGCAUAAAGCCAAGAGGUAUAUAUUGGCUAAUUGGUCAAACCCAUCUGGACUAUUGUAGGUGUUUUGGGAAGGCAUUAUUGGCACUUAGAAUAAUAAAGCAAAAUCUAAUUGCAGACUUUUUUUGUAAAGAAAUGAAAGUAUAUUAUGAAGAGAUGGAUUUUGAUACUAAAAAAGUCACUGUUUAUCCGAUGGUACUUGAGUAUAGGUAAGAAAUACUGUAAAGCUGUGUUGAUUAAAUUAGAUCAUUCUUUCAUUUGAUUAUCUUGUAUAAACAGAUAUAUGUCAUGGAAGAUAAAUAAACCUCUUCAAGUUGAUGAUGGUAGUUAGAAGUAAUAUGGAAGCUUUGCAAAUCUUCCAUGGUCACUAUACCAUAAAGGUCACAGGAUGUUUUUCCGUGUGAUAUGUUCCUUCCUACAAAUAUGACAUUUUUCCAGUAGGGAAUUUAUAUGUGGUCUGCUAUAUGGAUUGUGUCUGUGUUGUCUAGUUACGAUGGGUGUGUGUCACUGUGUGUGGCCCUUUGCAGUGAUCCUUAUUCUGGCCUGCCAUCAUACAUCUCUUGCUGAUUCAUCUCUUGUGAUUGACUUAAUGGUACAAUUCUUCACUUUAGAUGAAUGAGAAUAAAAGUAACAAGAUAAUAAAAAUUCUUUCAUACUGCACCCUUAAUACCAAGAGAGGAUGUUCUAUAGUCUAUUGUGCCAGGAUAAGUUGGUAUAUUAGUCAACUCUUGUCACAUAUACUAAAUUUUUAAUGUACUUAAUGGGAAGAGAAAAUAUAAAGAUUCAGGUUUAUUGAAAAAAUGAUGUGUAUUUGUCUUCUAUUCUUGUUUCAUAUGUAUGUGUGUUAUGUGUGUGUGUUUGUAUGUAUGUACAUGGCAAUGAGACAGACAGGAUAUUCACCUGUCUGUCUAUUGACUUCCUUGUGGUAUUGGGCGCUGAAUAUCAAAUCACCUGCUCUGUGUCCGUGGGUUAUUGUACGACAUGUCAGACAAAUGCCUGAAGUCCCUAGAUAGUAUUGACAUUUAUCUGAGGUUAUCCCCUACUUUACCUUUGAUAUUAUAUAUCUAAUAAUAAGUUAUCAGAAUGCAAUGAGUAGUAUGACAGAGUAUUUCUUAAAAAGGCUUCACAUCAUUGUAAGUUGAGUUAAAGCUACCUGAUAGAUAAAUAUUAUAUUUUGCAUAAUCAGCUUUAUAUGUUUUCCACUGAAUUCCCCUCCCUCCACCUGCCCUUUCCCCUGUUUGAUUUGAUAUUUUAAAUUAUAAAUAUUUUAUUCCCCAAGAAGCAGGAAAAAUGAGUUUUCUUGCAAUAUGUAGUUGAUGGGUAACAGAAAACAGUGCAGAUAUUGUUGACUUGUGGAGCUUCAUUUAAUAUUUUUGUAACAUAUAUCAUGUUCAAAAUAUUCAGGCAGGUCUUAAUAUUGUGUUGUGCAUGUAUCAAAGGAAUUCUAAUUACAUGGUUAUAAGUCUUGA